AUGGAAGUAGGGAACCUGCCUUACGCCAAAUGUGGCUGAACAUCUAUUUCCACACCUCUCCGUGUUGGCCAUCCUCGCUGAGUUCCUGGGAGGUUGUAAUUCAUCUGGAGAGCCAGAAUCUCUCUGCCUGAACCAGAGAGUAUCAGAUUAGGCAAGGAUGAUAGGAGGAUGGACCACUCCAUUGCUACAAUGUAGUGGAUGAGGAAACCCAACCAAGGAGAAUUUGAGAUGUGAUUCUGUGGUUUUUCCCCAUGAUUUUUUAAAAAUGGUCAUUGAGAAACAUAAUGCAGAGACCCACAGUUUCAGAUCCUGCAAAGUUAGAAGACUGAAAUCCUGUUUUCUCUGCAUUUGUUCAGUCACUCCAACAAGAAGGGGUUGGUACUUCUGUUCCAAAAGAUCCUUGUUCAUGUUCUGACAAACUGAACUGGGCUAAUAUGGUGGGAAUAAAUAAUUUUGCCAUAAUUUUGCCAACUGUUGGGGUCAGCAGAGAUGGUGUCAAUGACUUUUUUUGACUGGUGGAUUGUAAAACAUUUAAAGGGGCCACUUGCAGCCCUGCCAGGUCGCCAGUCAGACCUCGGGAUGAAGUGGGAAAGAUGCAAAGUGGGGGUGGGAACUGCAGCGGUGCUUUCUGCCCUGAGCAGCCGUCGGAUGGGAAUAACAUGGUUUCCCCGGGCAACCAUCUGUAGAAACGUCAGCGGCCCUGAACGUCUCUUGCUCCGAAGAGGAGCCAGCCAAUUCAGCGCACCACACGGCUGGUUUCCAUAUGGCGCCCGCCGAGUCCGGGUUGGCUGAGCAGCUCGGCAAAGGAAUCAGCGAAAGCUAAGCAUCCCCAAACGCUGCCGCCGGUUCCACCCCUCCCCGCCUCAGUCUGCCCGGGAAGGAGCUCGCAUCCCCGGGUGAAGGAAAAUCAGGCAGCGACCCAAAACAUCCCCGUAGAGUUCCGCUUGCCUUCCAGGUUGCCGCGAGACGUGUGCAGGGCCGAAGCGUGGUCCGCGAGGCGCUUUUCCCAACUGCUUCGCAGACGCCACUUCUCCGUCCCCCAAAUGCAGCGGGAGCGCAGCCUUCCAGGGCUCAACGGGGCCGGAGCCACGUAACCGCGCCGAAACCCAACACGACGCUCAUCCCGGGCGCCUGAAGCGGCUGUUGCUUCCCACCGUUCCCCCUUGGUUCUCGCCUUGCUCGGGCUGGGGAUGCGCCUUCCUGCGCCAGCUGCCCAUGGAGGAGGUGACCUCGGUGAGCAACGCUUCUGCCGCACCCGGCAAUGGAAGCGCGGGGAGCGGGCAGGGAACGGCGCCUUCGGACCUCGUGGAGGAGGCGCGGUGGGGCUGGUUGGGGGCGGCGCUGAUCUCGCAGGGCCUGUUGCUUCUCACCAUCUUCGCGCUUUCUACGCUGGGCAACGGCGCCGUGGUGGUCAUCAUCGCCCGGCACCGGCAGCUCCGGACAGUCACCAACGCCUUCGUACUGUCGCUGUCGCUCGCCGAACUGCUGGACACCCUUCUGUGCCUGCCCUUGGCCUUCGUCGGCCUUCUCAAUGGGCGCCCACACGGGAGCUGGAUCUUCGGGCGCCGCCUCUGCUUGGCCAGCGCCACCCUCCACGCUGGCUUGGGCAUCGCUGCCACCCUGACCAUGGCCCUACUCUCCUUUGACCGCUACUGUGCCAUCGUACGCCAGCCGCUGCAUAAAAUGGGCCGCCGGAGAGCCACGCAGCUCCUGGUUGCUGUGUGGUUGGCCGCUCUGGGCUUCUCAGGGCCUUGGUACCUGCUGGCCCAGGAGGAGGAGGAAGAGGAGGAGCAGCCUGUUGGGCCAGGCCCCGCUGCUUCCUACCAUUGCAUGUAUGUGUUGCCUUGGGGCUCUUCCCAUUUGGGUCCCCCUUAUAGUGCCACUUUGAUUGUCCUCUGUUAUCUGCUGCCCUUUGCCCUCAUGUGCUUCUGCCACUACAACAUCUGCCGGGCGGUGCGACUGACCGAGAGCAGGGUGCGCCCACUCACCACUUACGGGCACCUCCUGCGUUUCUAUGGUGAGAUGCGCACGGCCACCACCGUUCUGAUUAUGAUCGUCUCCAUCAUCUGCUGCUGGGGCCCUUAUUGCAUAUUAGGCUUGGCUGCUGCCAUGGGACAUUUCUCCUUUUCCCCAGCCAUAGACACUGUGGCAAGCUGGAUGGCCUGGGCCAAUGGUGCCAUCAACCCCCUCAUCUAUGCCACCCGCAACCCUAACAUUUCUCUUCUUCUUGGACGCAAUCGGGAAGGAGGCUAUCGGGCUCAAAAACCUGUGGCUGCCUAUUUGGCAGCUGCUCAGAGUCAUCGGCUGGAGAGCAAGAACCGGGCAGCAUGCUAUGCCAGCUAUGGGCAUGGCAGUGGGGGCAAUGUAAGGAAUAAUCUAACCUGCUCCAGUCCAGGCACUGGUAGAGAAGUGGCUAUGUGGGCUUUUAGGAACCCAGCAGUACUUUUCUGCCGUGAUGCGCAACCUGGUUCAGCAUCUGAAGUGGGCUUGACACACAAAUCAGGCAAUGUUGAUACUUCCCUGUGAAUCAAAAUGGCUACAUGAAUUGGAAUUAAUUUGGUGACAAAACCUAUAUUAAUCAAAUGUAUGUUACCUGAUGGGGAGAAUAAUAGAUCUUGGAAAAUGGGCAUGUGAAGCAAAGGGAUCAAAUUAACUCCUGGUCUUCUGAAAAACUUCUGCUUUUUAAUGGCUUAUUAUGGCAAUUUGAUUUCUGCUAUGUAUGGUCUCCUUGAGAGCAAGAGUUAAAAGCUAUAGGCAAAGCAUGAAAUAAAAUGGGUAACAUUUACUAGGUGAUGAUUUAACAAUGCUAUAUGGCUGUAUCCAUAAGACUACUGACUUGCACACUAGCCAAGCACAUGUUAAACUAGUGUGUUGUGUGAACUACAAAACUGGAUUGAAAAAAUCAGGGCUUAAUAUGUGGGGUAAACAUAAUCUGUGGGAACUAGCCAACUAGCACUGAGCUAAAGGAUAAAUCAAGAAUGGACAUUCUGGAGAAAUUAGAGAUGUCUCAUUCGCAGAAUAACAAAAAAAGAGGUGAAUCACUUGGGAAAGAUGAGCAUUGUAAGAUCACAGUACUAGACUAGGUAUGUGAAAGAAAAUAUUACUCAUCAUUAAGCCUGCUGUCACAAACACCGUUGAGUAAGCUGGUCUGUUGAUGAUGAAGUAGCAUUUUCGUAGUAAUGAAAUAUCACAGAAAAAAUGCACUUCUAAAAUUUACCCAUUUGUAGUGUGCUUUUUUUGACAGUUUAUUGCUAAUGUACCUUCAGAAAAUAUUUUGUGUAGUUGAAAAUAAAUAUAACAAUAUCCAGCAAAAAUUUGAACCCACUGAUUAAGCUUCCAGAGAUUUCAAUGGAGACAUUUGCAGCACAAUUCUAUGCCUGUUUUCUCAAAAUCCAUAUGUGUAUUAAUUCUCAUUGAAAUCAAUGGUACCUGAAAAUUGCUUAGGUGGAUGAUGCCAUUUUUAGAGUAUUUUCUUUGAACUCUUGUACUGGCUAAUAUCAAGUCAGAGUCAGUUGUAGUCUGGUGUCAUCUAAAUCAGAAUGAAUGAAUGAAUGAAUGAAUGAAUGUUGGACUAACCUCUAAGAGUACAUCUAGACCUGUAAUGCUAUGAUUUUUAAGAACUCAAAUUCCUAUUUGCGACAUUUUUGGAUUUACUGCACUGCAAUUAGUUUGGAGUGAACCAGGGGUGGGUUUCAGGCGGUUCGCGGCAGUCCCCACGAGCCGGUUG